GCGACGACGAGCAACCACACACCCGUCUAGCUUGAGCCGGCACCAUGGACACGGUAACAGUCGCCUCCAAGGCGGCGGCGCUGGCCUCGCCCAAGAUUGUUAAGAAUGCAAAGGGCAACAUUGUGCCCAGCAGCCAGAUGGCGCACAUUGAAUAUGGAUGCGAGCACAUGGGCGAGAUGUUCGACAACGCGCGCAAGCAGACGCUGCAGCACUACCGCGCCAUCCUCCAGAACAUCCACGAGAAGCCCAGCAUCAUCGCGCAGACGUACAAUGCCACGCCCGACGCGAGCAACGUCGUGUCGCUGCGGCCGCUGUUCCUGUGUCUGCAAUGCCCCAGCAUCAUGACCGAGGCCGACCGCGAUCUGCACUUUGAGACAAAGUCGCACUGCUUCUCUGUCGAGUCGCGCGAUGGCAACAUCUACUGCGGCAACUGCCAGGACUUCAUCUACGACGAGGCCCUCGAGAUCCUGCGGCUCCAAAAGGGCAAGAAGCGCAAGCACGAAGACACGACGACGACCGAAGACCACAAGCUCGUUAUUAGCAACUCGACCUUUCUCCCCUGCCGUGCCAUAGGCCUGCGCGGCCUCUACAACAUGGGCCAGACGUGCUUCAUGAGCGUCAUCCUGCAGACGCUCGUCCACAACCCCUUCAUACGCAACUUCUACCUGUCCGAGGGCCACAAGCAGACCGACUGCGACAAGGAGUCGUGCGUGAGCUGUGCGCUCGACGAAAUGUUUGUCGAGUUCCAUUCGUCCGAGAAGACGGAGGGCUUUGGCGCCGUCAGCAUGCUCAUGGGAAGCUGGCUAGCGGGCGAGGCGCUUGCCGGCUACCAGCAACAGGAUGCACACGAGUACAUGCAGUUUAUCCUGAACACGCUGCAUCUUGCCAAUGGCGGAUCGACCGACGACGCCGAGGACUGCAAAUGCGUCAUCCACCAGACUUUCUGCGGGAAGCUGUCGAGUACUGUGACAUGCGACAGCUGCCGGAACGUGACCACGGCGCAGGACCCAUACAUGGACCUCAGUCUGGACGUGCGCAUCCAGAGCAAGAAGCGAAAGCUGAAUGCUGAACGGGGAGAAGACGUGCCCCUGGACCUGCGAGACUGCCUCGAGCGCUUUACAGCAAAGGAGAAACUCGGCUCAGCAGAAUACACAUGUCGCAACUGCGACAGCCCGCAGAAUGCAACCAAGCAACUCAGCAUCAAGAGACUGCCACCAGUCUUAUCCAUCCACCUCAAGCGCUUUGAGCACACCAAAUCCACCUCGUCCAAGAUCGAGACGCCCGUCCGCUUUCCUGUCAAACUCGACAUAUCCCCCUACACGGCCGCCCACAAGGCCGCCGUGCGCGCUGCCAAAGUAGCUGGCACCGCCCCGCCCACAAACUACAACAUCAACAGUCCGGCGAAUGCUCUCGUCUACGAACUUAGCAGCGUAGUGGUGCACAAGGGUAAAAUGGACUCGGGUCACUACAUCAGCUACAGCAGGGAAGGAAGCGACUGGUUCAUGUUUGACGACAGCAAGGUGGUGCUUGUGAGCGAGGCCGAAGUGCUUGCUGCAGAGGCCUAUCUGCUAUUCUACAUGGUUGGAGGCCUGGAAGUCUGAGGGCUGAAGUGUGUUACUCGAGUGGAUAGAUUGGAUGCGGUUCGUGUUAGUUGUUGCACUGUUUUUUCUUUCGACCCAAGAGGCCCAUACCCGAGAUGCAUGAUUGGCGUUUAAGGGGCAGCAGACGAGGUAGGCUUGUGGGGAGGGCGUAACUGAUAUCACUAGGAGGGAAUCUCCAGUCUUUGUGUUCUUCGUUCUCUGUUAGGGGCUGAAGAGUUGUGCAUGGAAGUUGUUUGUCUUCUCAGCUGUGCAUCUCUUUCUUAGUUGCCCUCUACUCAGCUUACCUUUACAAGAUGC